GCAGUGGUUAUUUGUUAUUUAUAUUUAAGGUUAAAGACGUUGUUAAUUCAAGCAAAGGAACACUUUACAAACUACAAUGAGCUCCAAAGAUAAGAAUAAAUUCAAAAUGUUCUUAAGAUCGACAAAGCCACCAGGCAAUUUGAGUGAACGAACUCUGCGUCCAGAAUUUGAGAACGAACUGCGACCAGAACAGCCCGUAGGACAACGUUGCAAAAUGCUCAAAGAGCUGGGCGACGUACAUUUACACAACUACACACUGGAUGAGACAUCCAUUACAAAGCUCUGGCAUUUAACCAACGAUCUCAUAGUGCCCAACAAGCCGGCAGAAACAAGACAAAUAGCAUUCAACUUUUACAAGCGCUUGAUAUACACACAAUAUAAAAACUUGACGCUAAUGCGCGAAAAGUUCUUUCUAGUGAUACAGAAUCAUGAGGCUCAUGAGGACUUGCGGCAUCUGCUGGAGCUGCUUGAUAUGCUGACCGAAAACGGCAAGGAUAUAACAAACUUUGAGGAGAAAAUAGGCAAAUUUAUGCUGCUAUGGAUACCUGCAAUAUCAGAUGCAGAUUUGCUAUCACCCUAUCUAGACAUGCUGGUUAAUUUGAUCAAAUUCAAUGCAGCUCACUUGGACAAGGACGUACUCGUGGGCAUUGUACAAAAUGCUUGCGACUUAAGCUGUACCGUAACUGACGAGGAUAUUGGACUUAAGUGCCUAACCAUAUUGGAGCUGGUCAUAGGCUAUACUAUAUUUCCCAGCGAGCCCUUGCAACAGUGCAUUGUGACGCUUUGCCGCACUGUCAACAAUGCACGCUAUUGUCAGGAGUCAUUCAAGAUUAUGAAAAAUCUAUUGGGCACACAGCUUGGCUAUCAAUCUAUGAAAAUGAUGUGCAACAUCUUAAAUGAUCGUGGCCUCUAUGAGGACGCACAGCUGCUACGCGGCGCUGUCUUUCAUCUGAACAUGAACAUCUUUGGGUCGAGCAUUAUAUUUCAGGUGUCGCCCAUGAACUACGCCACCAAUGUGCUCACGGGUUUUCUAAGCGCGCUGGAAAGUCAUCAGGUCAUUGUGACCUAUGAGGUUAUACUAAGUGUACGCAUGGUGAUUAACAAGUACAAAUUGUCCGAGAUUAUAUGGGAUCUGAUCUGUGAUAUUAUGUCAGCGAUAGUGGAAAAUAUUGAGUACUAUGAUCGCAGUGGCGUCAACAAGGAGCGCCUGUACUAUUUGCAAGGCAACUUCCAUGAGAACAUUGACUGCAUUGAGAAGCUGCUGCAGGACGAACGCUCACAUAUUUUGGGCAACGUGGAUCGCAUCUAUGAUCUCAUCGAACGCGUGGCCGAGCGCCGCUCGGAGUCCUCCGUGCUUAAUCUCAUCGAGUAUCGCACUCGCCGCAUUACGGCCACAAGACACGAAUGGCUGCAGACUCUGACGCAGUUUGUGCGUCGUUACUAUCGCAUGAGCAAUGUGAAUGUGCGCAUCAAGACCAUUGAUGCCAUGGUACAGGUAAUGCAUCAGAAUCGCUCCAGCUAUGAGGAGGAGAUACUAGAUCGCGUGGUGGUCACACAGCUAGCGCAGAUACAUCAGGAGCCGAGCAUGCAGGUGCGCAUGGCGGCAGCGCGUGCGUUGGCUAAUUUCGCAGCCCAUUGCGAUACCAAGCGCUGUGUGGAGCUGCUGGACAUACUGGAGGCGCUCAUCAAUCGACCCUUCGAGCAAAUGCGUCAUGUGGCCAUGGACAGCAAUGUCGCCGAGGCGGGCAGCAGCAUCAUAAUCAAAAGCGAGGCAGAGGUCGGCGACAUUAUAGCUGCGGUCGAUGGACUCAUUGAGGUUUUCAGCAUUAAGCUGCAUCGCCUGCCGGCAACGCAUGCCAUAAAAAUAUUUAAUACUCUUAUGGAGCAUCUGGAGCUGCAGUACGAUAGACCCAAGGUCUUCGAGCAUGCCAGCAUAGUGCGACUUAAGAUAUUCAAUUGGAUGCUUAAGGCGCGCGCUAAUGCCUCCUACCACAUUGGCUAUCCCGAGGGCAACUCGGACUCGCUUAAGUUCAGCCACUAUCUGGGCAUAGAUUCGCCACAGCCACCGCCGUCGCAGACCACCUGCAUUUCCAUACGACGCGCCUGCAAGUUAAUUGUGCGCUGUCUGGAACAGGACGCAGACUAUCAGGUCUUCCAGCUGGUCAUCAAAGAGCUGCCCAAGGUGCUGCAAAACAAGGCGCUCAUACAAGGCAACGACAUCGAGGAGUUGGCCAACACGCUCUUCAAAAUCAACGCCAACAGCAACAACAAGUUCAAGCGCCCCACAGACGAAUACUAUGCUCUGGUGCUGCCCGCCAUUGCCUCGCUGGUCAUCUACCACGAGUCCAUGCAGGCACCACAGCACUACAGCAUCAUCACAGCGCUCAACCUGCCGCUGCUCACGGGCAAUGCCAGCGUUUGCAUAAACACCAUGACUUUACUUGUGCUCGAAAUGCCGGAGGCCCUAAUGCGCAAGCUGCCCGAUGUGCUGCUGAAGAUGAGCCGCAUGUCGGACACGAAUACAUUGGCCAUACCCGUUUUGGAGUUCCUGUCACUUUUAAUACAAUUGUCGCAUCCGCUGUUCACAAACUUUACGCCCAAACAGAACAUGUAUGCGUUUGCUUUGUCCUUGCGCUACACCAAGCCGCAUCGCUAUGACCACUACACUGUAUCGCUGGCACAUCAUGUGGUCGCCGGCUGGUUCCUCAAGUGCAAGCUGGAGCAGCGCAAAAACUGCGUGGGCUACAUGAAAACCACCAUGAAAUCGAAUGCCAAAAUGCUGUACGAUGACAUUUCCAACAUAGCAUCACUUAACAACGAGGACUCCUCCAGUCGCAAGCGCAGCACAAGUCUCACCGAGCGCGGCAGUCGCAAUACUGUGCCCACACGCAAUGAUUCCGAGAUGCGGCCGCUGAUGAACAAUACGCUGCGUAACUUUCAUACGGAUCUUACUGAGACUUGCUUUGAUUUUCUGGAGCGGCACACUUUCUCGCCUUGUCCCUCGAUGCCCAAGCGCUUGCCUGCAGCGGAGUAUUUGCUUAAGGAUGGCGUCUCGCAGACUUGGCUGGUGGGUCAUAAUCUGGUCACUAUAACCACCUCGGGCUGUCCCUCGGGUCCAGUGCGCAAUGGCCUGUGCGAUCGUUGUUCGCAGCUGGGCAAGACGCCGAGCAUAAGUCUCAACUCCAAGAGCAUGAGCGAUGCCACGCAGCCCUCACUGUCGCCGGAACGCGAUCGUCGCUAUACCAAGCUGAGUUUGCAGCACAGCAGCGGCAACGAUAGCGCUGGCAGCACCGAGCUUACCUCCUCCUCUUCGAACACCAACUCUGGCGGCACUGCACAGCCACAGCAUCAAAUCUCCAACAGCUCCACCGCCUCGCUGGAUGCGCUUUCGCGGCGAGGCUCCAAUCCAGAGGAUGGCAGCAAUCUGCUGAAAGGUCCCACCUCUGGCAGCAACACCUCGCUACUCGGCAACUCGCUGUCGCAGUCCAUGGCCAGCGUUAGCGCCAACACGCCAGCCACCUGCGCCGUUCAGCAGCCAGUCUGUGUGCGCGCCUGCACAGGCUGGGCGGAGAUCGUUAUCAGACGCCCCACAGGCAAUAUAUCCUGGCUGACGCGCAUACAGAAUCCCAUUGCCAACGACUGCUUUGGGCACGACUUACCUUUCAACAAUAUGGUUUCACUAUUUCUGCCCACUGCCUAUGGCGGCGUAUUCGGACCGGAGAGCACGCUGCAGACGCAGCAGCAGGCGCAGGCGCAGCAGGAGACACAGUCGGAGGCACAAACUUUAGUCGCCGAGCCGCAAGUGGAGCCCAACUUGUCAGCUGCCGAGCAACGCAAUCCCAUGCUGGCCAAGGCACGUGCACUGCAGCGCCAGGAGGAGAUACAUUCGGUGAGCAUUGGUGGCAGCGGCUCGGCGGCCAUAGAUAUACCCAUAUCGCGUGUACAUGCUGCCAGCAAGCGUGGCAAGGAGGCGGCUCUUUGUGGCAGCGUCAGCGAUGGCGAUGCGGACGACGAUGCCUUGGCGUUUGGCGAUGCACAGGGACGCGCACGCAAUCCAGUGCGACGCGUCAACUCCAGUCCCGAAAUGAGAUCCAGCUGGCGUCAGGCAUUCCUGGCUGCCAAGCCAAUGCCCUUGUCACAGGAACCCGAAGCAGUGCGCGCUACAUUGGACGAGUCACUGAUGCCCUCGAAGAAGAAGAGCGUUCAGUACAGCACCAAGGAUAUGCGUGUCAGUUGCGAGGCCAUACCCGAAGAGAUAGCAGGCUCCACACCACCACCGGCUUCCAUGCUGGACCCGCUGCAGCCCACGGCGAGCGCGCUGCCGCCCAAGCAGCACUCGGCGGAUGACGUUAGCAGUCAGCUGGUGGCCGUGCAGAACUCUUCGUCAACCUCCUCGCUGAAGCUAAGCACAGUUGGCAAGCCGCCACUAUCGCCAGCACCCGGCGCUGUGCCCAGUCUAGUGAAGCCGCCAGCCACAAAGAUGAUGAGCUAUGGCGGCACGCCACAGCAGCUGGGCUUGGCCAAGUCCAAUAGCAGUGGCAAUGGGCAUGGCGUCAAUGAGUAUAACAAUGGUGCUGGGGACAUGAUGCGUGGACGCUCCAAAACCAUUUCGGUGGUGCGGGAGGUUAACAACGGCAAAGUGCGUGCGCCAGCCAGCAGCUUCCUCAGCUUUGGCGCUGCUAAGCCAACGAUUAGUCCGAAGCUCUGCAUGAAUCCGAGCUUUGUCUUCCUGCAGCUCUACAGCACUGGUCAGCUGGAAGUCACGGAGACGCCACUCAAAGUGGGACCAGAGCAGGCCAACGCCUUGACACUCUUUGAUCUUGUGCCACCGUUUGAGACACACAAGAUCGGCGUACUCUAUGUGGGUAAAGAUCAGUGCAACAACGAGGUGGAAAUCUUGCGCAACUCCCAUGGCAGCACACGCUAUGUGGAAUUCUUGCGCAGCAUUGGCACUUUAGUCAGCCUGAAGGAAGCCGAACAGAAUAAUCUAUUUAUAGGACUUGACAAGAACGGUGCCGAUGGCAAGUUUGCUUACAUCUGGAAGGAUGAUAUAUUACAGGUGACCUUUCACGUGGCCACGUUGAUGCCCACCAAUCUCCGAGACGAUCCCAAUUGCACUGAAAAGAAGAAGCACAUUGGUAAUGACUUUGUCAAAAUCAUAUACAACGAAAGCGGAGAGAAAUAUAAUCUCACCACUAUAUCGGGUCAAUUUAACUAUGCCUGUGUUAUAGUUGAGCCGCUGGAACUGAACUCAAAUCGCGUCUAUGUAAAGGCACGCCCCGAGAUCUCGAAGUUUGUCUGUCAGGCGGAACCGCGCAUUGUUUCCGAUCGCAGUGCGCCCCUGUUGGCUCGCCAGAUGGCGCUGCAUGCUAAUCUUGCCUCGUUAGUCUAUCAAAGUGUGCAAAAGAAGAAUCCUUAUGCGUCCAAUUGGCUAGAGAGAUUACGCAAGCUUAAGAGAUUACGUACACAGCUCAUCGAGCAGCUGAAUAGUCAGCAAAGCGGCAGCGGUUCCAAAGGCGUCAUCAGCACUGACAUUGAUCAUCAAUCUGAUUUUACCAAAUAUACAUAAGGCACCUAACAGAUAUUUUAUAUGUUUUAGCUAUAGCACUGACUUGUAAAGUUUUCAGAAGAAAUACAUGCAUAUA